UCUCGCUUUCUUUCUCACACUGUCCGUUGGAACUCAGAGCUCUCAAAAACCUCACUCCCACCUUCACUUUCAAUUCUCUAUUUCCGGAAGGAAUGGUGUAACAUGAGAAGAGUGUGGACUGGAGCUCGCCGCCGGUUAUGAAUCCCGCCGCAGAGCAACCGCCUCAGCCACAGCCUCACCGGUCAUCCUUCAGCUGUGACCGCCAUCCCGCCGAGCAGUUCACCGGGUUCUGCCCGUCAUGCCUCUGCGAGCGACUCAGCACCCUCGACCCCUCCUCCGCUUCCUCCUCCCGCCGCCCCUCCAACGCCACCGCUCCUUCGUCUUCCGCCGCCGCCGCUCUUAAAGCCAUUUUCCGGGUCCCCACCUCCGACGGCAGCAACAACAACAAAGUCAGGAACAAGCCUUCUUCUUCGUUCUUGCCGGAGCUCCGCCGGACGAAGUCGUUCUCCGCCUCCAAAAACGACGUAUUUCCUGGCGUGUUCGAGCCCCAGCGCAAGUCGUGUGACGUUAGGGCUCGGAGCACGCUCUGGUCCCUCUUCAACCUCGACGACGGACGCAAGAACGAUGACCGUCCGGUUGAAGUGGUAGAAUCUCGGAAUCCAGGCCCGGUCUUGGAGUCGAAAGAGGAGGAGGACGAACACGAUGACCACGAAGACAAUGACAAUGGCGUCAGCAUUGUUGACGACGACGACGACGACGAUAGUGAUGAAAUUAGGUUGUCUGAAGAGCCAAAUGUCGUCAAAGAAACGGUUGAAGGGAUCGUCCCGGUGCAGCCUGAGCCGGAGGAGGUGAGGACGAUGAAAGACCACAUAGAUCAUGAUUCGCAGACGAAGAAGAGCUCCGGCAAGGACUUGAAGGAAAUCGCCGGCAGUUUCUGGUCCGCAGCGUCGGUUUUCGGGAAGAAAUGGCAGAACUGGAGGCAAAAGCAGAAGCUGAAGAAGCAAAAUGCCGGCGGCGACUCGGCUGCAUUGCCGGCGGAGAAGCCGAUUUCGAAGCAGUACCACCGGGAUACACAGUCUGAAAUUGCCGACUACGGCUUCGGCCGGCGGUCCUGCGAUACCGACCCGAGGUUCUCGCUUGAUGCCGGCCGGAUUUCGUUCGACGAUCCUCGUUACUCCUUCGACGAACCUAGAGCCUCCUGGGACGGGUACGUGAUCUGCCGGACUUUCCCCCGGCUUCCGCCGAUGCUCUCGGUGGUGGAGGAUGCUCCGGUGGUGCACGUUUCAAGGUCGGACACUCAAAUUCCGGUUGAAGAGCCGAUGAAUUGCAUCACUGCGAAUGAAAUAGUCCCCGGUGGCUCAGCUCAAACUAGGGAUUACUACACCGAUACCUCCUCCCGGCGGAGGAAGAGCCUGGACAGGUCGAACUCUAUCCGAAAGACGGCAGCCGCAGUGGUGGCCGAGAUUGAUGAAAUGAAGGCGGCUUCAAACGCGAAAGUCUCACCAGCCACCCUUGAUUACCUUCAAGGGACUAAAUCUUUAGUGAAUGAUAAAGACUUGAAGGAUUCAAAUUCAUUAAGGGAUGACUGUUCUGAGACUUUUGAAUUAGGUUUUAGGGACAAUGCUUCUGUGAUUGGGAAUGGAGAGCAAAAGGGUUCCAAGAAGUCCCGGAGAUGGAACAAGGCCUGGAACAUUUGGGGCUUGUUGCACCGGCGAAGUGGUGGGAGCAAGGAGGAAGACGAAGAGAGGUACAGCCGUGGAAAUGGGGUCGAGCGAUCCUACUCAGAGUCCUGGCAAGAGCUGAGGAGGGAAGGCAAUGGUGAAGUGAGAGGGGUAAAUGCAAUCAACAGAAACAUGUUCAGGAGUAACAGCAGUGUGAGCUGGAGGAAUUCAAGCAGUAUGGGUGGUUCUUUUGGAAGCGCAAGAAAGAGUGUUGAGACUAACGACAAUGGUAAAAAGAAGAGAGAGUUUGUUCUGGAGCGCAACCGGAGUGCCAGGUACUCGCCAAACAACAUUGACAAUGGCCUGUUGAGGUUCUACCUGACACCGAUGAGGAACAGCAGUCGAAGAGGAGGAGGAGGAGGAGGAGGAUUGGGAAAGAGCAAGCCGACUAACUCGCAUUCAAUUGCGAGGAGUGUGCUGCGGCUGUACUGAGCCUCCAAGGUCUUAUUGUGUUCUUUGGUUUAAGCUUAAUUUUGUUGCAUUUGUUGUCUACGCACACAUGCCUGUGUAUUAUUGAUGGUUGGCUAGACAAGGGGUCUUUACUUGGGUCUUAAUAACAGAUACAAUUAUGUGUUCCUUUUCAUCUCUCAUCAUUAAUGCAUUUGAAUUCCUUUUUGCC